AUCUAAUUGUGGUAGUAGCCUCAAUUAUUGUUCUGAGCAUAGGAUCUAAUGGGCAGGUGUUUGCCACCUCUGCAAUAAGGGGGAUCCGGUUUCUCCAGAUCCUUCGCAUGCUGCAUGUCGAUCGACAGGGUGGCACCUGGAGACUCUUGGGAUCAGUUGUUUUCAUACAUCGUCAGGAACUCAUAACCACGUUGUACAUUGGAUUCUUGGGAUUAAUUUUUUCAUCCUAUUUUGUUUAUCUUGCUGAGAAGGAUGCAGUUGAUGAGGAUGGAAAGACAGGUUUCUCCAGCUAUGCUGAUGCCCUUUGGUGGGGUGUGGUAACGGUCACAACAAUUGGUUAUGGAGACAAAGUUCCCCAGACCUGGAUUGGGAAGACAAUAGCUUCCUGCUUUUCAGUGUUUGCCAUAUCUUUCUUCGCCCUGCCAGCGGGUAUCCUGGGGUCUGGUUUUGCCCUGAAAGUACAGCAGAAGCAACGUCAGAAGCAUUUCAAUAGACAAAUCCCAGCUGCAGCUUCUCUAAUUCAGACCCUGUGGCGGUGCUAUGCAGCAGAGAAAUCCUGCAGUUCUACAGCAACAUGGAAGAUCUAUGUGACAUCACCGGUGCAGAAUCCCAAAAAAACACCAGCGCCAUCUAGCCCUAGCCUGAGAAAACAGGCUAGAAGAUCCAAAAGAAAAGGGAAACUGGGCUGUGGUAAUGGUUCUGCACCUGUAAUAAACCCAGGAGAGAAUGCCCUGUCUGUUCCACAAAUCACUUAUGAUCACAUUGAUGAAGACAAAGACAGAAAAGAUGUGUCCUUCUACAUUGAUGAACCAGGAGUGAAAAGACAUUUAGAAGGGAAUACCCAAGAAAUGUCACGGGCCAACAGCUUCACUGAUGACACUGACCUUAUAUCAGAAGAGUCACCUCUGCCAGCUGUAUCUGACAUGGCACAGUAA